AUGGCGACACCACCACCAGCAGGUUCCUCAGCCAGGGAAGAAUUCGUUUACAUGGCGAAACUCGCGGAGCAAGCCGAGCGUUACGAAGAAAUGGUCGAAUUCAUGGAGAAAGUCGCAACAGCCGUCGACAAAGAGGAGCUCACCGUCGAAGAGCGUAAUCUCCUCUCCGUCGCUUACAAAAAUGUGAUCGGAGCUCGCCGUGCCUCGUGGAGAAUCAUCUCCUCGAUCGAACAAAAGGAAGAGAGCCGCGGCAACGACGACCACGUCUCCCUGAUCCGUGACUACAGAAGCAAAAUCGAAACCGAACUCUGCAAAAUCUGCGACGGUAUCCUCAAAUUGCUCGAUACCAUGCUUAUCCCCGCUGCUGCCUCUGGAGAUUCCAAGGUUUUCUACCUGAAGAUGAAGGGAGAUUAUCAUAGAUACUUGGCUGAGUUUAAAACUAGCCAAGAGAGGAAAGACGCUGCAGAACAUACCCUCACUGCUUACAAAGCUGCUCAGGAUAUUGCUAACUCUGAAUUGGCUCCAACACACCCGAUUCGUCUUGGUCUUGCGUUGAAUUUCUCUGUGUUUUACUACGAGAUUCUCAAUUCUCCAGACCGUGCUUGCAAUCUCGCUAAGCAGGCGUUUGAUGAAGCAAUUGCUGAAUUGGAUACUCUUGGUGAAGAGUCAUACAAGGACAGUACUUUGAUCAUGCAGCUUCUUCGCGAUAACCUCACUCUCUGGACUUCUGAUAUGCAGGAGGAUGAUGAUAUCAUCAAAGAAGCAGCACCAGCAGCGCCAAAGCCUGCUGAAGAACAGCAACAAUCCUAA